AAACUUACAAGACCAUGUUCACAAAUGAACGUUCCUUCUCAUUGAAGGAUUGUUCGAGGAAUGUAUAAUGUAAGAUUCGGCAUUGAAACGUUGGUGGGUUCGUUAUUUUACAGCAUGUUAUUAGAUUUAUUUUACGAGGACUUACAAGUCAGUAGUCUAUAAAAUACUUUACAAGGGUCGAGUAUAUGACAUAGCCUACCUCCUGACGAUAUCUUGUAAGAUUUUACACUUGGUUGGAAUUAUUUGCAGAGACAUCAACGAUGAGUGUCAGUUAUGAAAUAAAAGGGUGUAUUAAUCUAUGUGGGGAAAAAAUAGUCCGUCACACUCUAAAAGCACCAACACAUUUUAAACAUCAAAUUCCACCGAAUAGCUUUGUAAUUAAAGUUUGACAACCAUUAUAAUUUAAGCACUCAUCAUAUGUUUACUAAAACUACGAAAUCGAACAGAUCUGCAGGUCAGCGGAUUGAUUUACUCACUGUAUUGGUAAAUAUGAUCACGUGAUUCAUGUAACCAAUCGCUGAAGAUGAAGCCAGCAAAAAUACUAUGAUUGUUGAGAGAGAAGGUUUCCGUAACAGUGUAACCUUUUAUAUGACUGCGAAGGGAUCCAAAUAUGUCGUCGAGCACAGCUCUUAGUAACUAUUAUGUGGACUCUAUUAUGGGACAUGAAGCUGAGGAUGUUUACGGCGCGCGAUAUGUCCAGAGCUCCCACAGUAGCUCCUCCAGGCCGUCAGGUGUCGGCGGAGAAAACGCUGAAUUUUCCUCCUGCAGCUUUGCACCCAAGUCAGCCGUGUUCUCUGCGUCCUGGUCCUCGGUUCACCCCCAGUCGACCGCUGCAGUGUCUGGGAUUUACCACCCUUACGUUCACCAGCCUCAUAUCACAGGCACAGACAACAGAUAUGUGCGCUCCUGGAUAGACCCAAUCUCGAACCAUGUCUCUUUUUCCGGUUUCCAUGCGAGCAGUCGACAGUAUGGUGCUAAGCCUGAAACUGCAUCGAAAAGGACCGAGUGCUCCACGUUUGAAGCCGAAAGCCCGGACGCUCCUGAAUUCACAUGUGGAACAGUGUCAGAAUGCGCGGAUAAAGCCACCAAAGAUCCCGCUGGCAGUGAUGUUUCCAGUCCUAGCGAGCCCAAAGACGAGAAGCAACAACAACUUGACCCAAGUAACCCAGCAGCUAACUGGAUUCACGCACGUUCAACAAGGAAAAAACGCUGUCCUUACACAAAAUACCAGACUCUAGAAUUGGAGAAGGAAUUCCUCUAUAAUAUGUAUUUGACAAGGGAUCGCCGCUAUGAAGUGGCUCGAAUUCUGAAUUUAACUGAAAGACAGGUCAAAAUCUGGUUCCAGAACAGAAGAAUGAAAAUGAAAAAGAUGAACAGAGAAAGGGGCAGCAAAGAUCAACACUGACAUAUCCCAGGCGGCCAGAAAAAAUGUUUCGUCCUUUUAUGUGUGUUAUCAGUUGUGUUUAGAAUUAAACGCUGUUAGGGACCUAAACUGUUGUUUAUGUUCUUUGUUCUGACACUCUUAUAGUCCAUUGGGGUCGGCGAGGAACUUCUCUGCAACAUUAACAACCCCAAUCAUUUCAUAUUGGAAUCACAUGGAUUCUUAUUCUGUAUAUCUGAACAAGGAUGUUUUCUCAAGGAGCCUGGCGCAUAACAAGGUGUUGGGUGAUGAUUCAUUUUAAAUAGCUUACCAUCUUUGCCGGCCUUGUAAGCAUUAAAAGCUGUUAAAAAUGUACAUUUCGUGUAAUUUAAACUAUUUUGACAGUGCGAGAUGAAGACGCAUGUGGCAACUAUUCAGUAUAGGCAAAAUCAAAAGCAUGCUUUGCAGAUUGAGCCAAUUAAGAGGUUCUUGAAAUAUCGAAUGGGAUCUCCGUAAGAAUUUCUAAAUGUAUUUAUCAAUAACUGCUCUUGUAAAUAACAUUACGAACCAGUACGCACGACAAAUGAAAACCACAGGCCCAUCACUUCAAAAAUUCUGUAUUUCCUCGGUGAAUUCUGAUUCUGAUAUCCUAAUCCUGAUCCCGAUAUCACUCUUGGCCGAAAUGUUAGAGGCUCUUUAUGCAUACGCAGUGAAUGAUAAUGGCGGCCACAUAGUUUACCAGCAAAUUGCAAAAUGUUCACUGUGCAGGCCACUGUGAGUUGUCUUGGUAUUUGAAGCAGUCACCGAAAGUCUUUUUUUUAUGAAUAUAGUGCUGUUUUACUAAGAUAAAAUGUUUUUUUUUUUUAUUCUGGUAAUGUUGAUAAUUAGUUUUGUAACUGUUAUUGCCUUUCUGAGACUCAGUUGGCAAAUAAAGACUUGUUUUUAAUGCUAGCGUUGUUUGGAAAGAAAAUUGUUAUGAAAUUCUAAUUAGGGGUCAACUUAAAGGAAAAGAAGGAUGUUGGACGAGGUUGCAUUGUUGAUGGGUAUCGGCAAUAAAGUGUUUGUGAUUGGGAAA